ACUGAUAUUGCAAAAUAGAUAGUACUGAUUUCCUCUUUGAACUCCCAUGACUUUCAACAUCAUAAAGCGGUCAUGUGUGAGCGGGUGUCAAAAGAAUACAGAUUUUUAUCCAGUUCUGUGGUGUAUUAAGAGUGUUGGUUCAACUUCCUCCUUUUCCUCCUGCUUGAUCAGUUGGCAAAUAAUGUGCUCAUUAAAGUGAUCUACAACGACAAAGGACGUAAUGUGUACUUCCCAAGACCACACCUCCUUAAACAGGUUCUCUGAUAAGGCAGCUGCACAGUCUGCUGCUGGUCAGUCAUCACAACCAGGCAACUGUGCACACACUUAUGGAACAAAAAGGUAUGACGGCAAAUCUUGUACUAAACUUUGAGAUCUUGUUGCAAUGAUAGCUGCUAAUUUUCAAUUAUGGCAUAAGCUAACUUUUGAUUGUGUUCCCAACUGGUUUUCAGUUAACAUUGUUUCAAGGCUGCAAUGGGGGGCAGCUGCCCCUCAACAGAGGGCGAUACUGAAAGGCUCUGCCCAGAGAGUUGUCAUACACCACACCGCCUUACAAAGCUACAAAGGCCUGGCAGAGUGUAAGAACCACCUCGUCAGCAUUCAGAGAAUGCAUAUGAAAGAAAGAGGCUUUGAUGAUAUUGGAUAUAAUUUUCUUGUCGGAGGAGACGGUAUCGUGUUCGAGGGCCGUGGCUGGGGCGUGGUAGGGGCACAUACCAAAGGCAACAAUUAUGACUCAUUGGGGAUUGCCCUCAUGGGCAACUUCAAUGAUGACACACCAAGCAAAGAGGCGAUUUCCUCAGUUAAACAGCUGCUGCAGUCUGGAGUUUCCCAGGGCUUUUUACACCCCGAGUUUGUCCUGUUAGGACACAGAGACCUGGGAGACACACAGUGUCCAGGAGAAAAGCUUUAUGCUGCACUGCCAACACUGAGGGAAACUAAACUAAGCUGAAUUACCAAGGUGGCAGGAUGAAGAACUUUAUAGAUAAAACAUUAAAUCUCUCUUCUUUUCACAUUUCUAUUAUGUCUCUCCUUAGCCAAGGGGAGAUUUGCAUGUAUGUUGUAACAAAGAAGCCCUACAGGUUUCACAGCUUGUCAGGAAUUUCUCUUGCAGCAGAAGGAGCCGUCACAGGGAUGAGACAUAUAGGCCAUCCCUGUCCAGUUUUAACAUGUUUCAUUUGCAUUUCAUUACAGCAUAUGGUCACCAUAUGGGUCUUAUGUUUGAUUUCAGUACAUUCUUUUGUCCUUCAGUUUUAGUUAGCUGAGUCAGUGCAAUAAAUGGUUAGACGUAUCUACAUAUAUAUAUAUAUGAAAGGGUUGUGUUGUUGUUAGGGUGCUACUGUAAAGUCAUUCUAAACAACAAGCAUGAAAUCAAAUAUUGAACAGAGACUUGAGAGGAUUACGGGUGUUGAGACUAAUGUGCGCUUUCUACGGCACUAGAAACAUUACUAACAAGUGAUUAUGGCCCCUAUCAAAUUGA